AUGGCAUACGGAUCGGGCGUUGAAACGUUCAGCUACGAGCUAGGUCCCGGCGUCCUGGUUGGUUCCUGGGGUGAUGAAGAUACACACCUCCAGAUAUUGCAGCAUUUUGGGAAUGGGAUGUUUGAUUUGCAUCUUCCGGCCCCUCGGUCCCUCGACCGUUCAUGUUACUCCGUAUCGAGCUGCCUUUGUGUUUUGGACCCUUGAUAGAUAAUUCCGUCGUCUUGCUUAAUACAGCGGCACUCCGCGCUUUCUCUUGCAGCAGUCACACAAUUACCACCGCCC